CAAAUAUCUGCGCGAGAGCUAAUCAGCCGGACUGCAGGACUUUGUUUCCGAUAGGAAGGUGAUUAUUCUAAGGACUUUGCCCUCAUUAAAUAUGGCGGCUCGCGUUUCGGAUGUGGUCACGUGUAGCGCAUGAUGUUGGCCGAUCGCUCUCAUGGAGGCAGCAGAGGGAAGCGAGAACUAUGAUGGCAUCCAGGUGUUACUCAGCCGCGAAGUUAUCGAUACGGCUCCACAGUGCCCACAUGGUCCCACCCUGCUGUUUGUGAAGGUUUCUCAAGGCAAGGAACAGGGACGUCGUUUUUAUGCUUGUUCAGCCUGCCGAGACAGGAAGGACUGUCACUUCUUUCAGUGGGAAGAUGAAAAGGUUUCACAGGCUAGACUUGCGGCUAGAGAAGAAUACAACAAAAGCCAUCAGCCCCCUAUGACGCACGCUGAGUAUGCUAGAAGUUUUCAGGAAUUCACUGCGUUACCACUGGCAAAAAGAAAGUUUUGCUGCGACUGCCAGCAGCUUCUACUGCAGACGAAUUGGGAGACCCAUUCAAGGCAUCGUGUGCUUGGUGACAUCUCUUUAUCCCAACUUAAAAGACCCAGCCAGUUGUUACAUCCCUUGGAGAACAAGAAGGCCAAUGCCCAAUACCUAUUUGCUGACAGAAGCUGUACAUUCCUCCUGGAUACUAUUAUUGCUUUAGGAUUCAGACGGGUGCUGUGCGUUGGCACUCCCAGGCUACAUGAGCUAAUCAAACUACGAGCCUGCAAGGGGACGACACCACCAAUAAAGAGCCUUCUGCUAGAUAUUGAUUUUAGGUAUUCUCAGUUUUACAGUGAGGAGGAAUUCAGCCAUUACAACAUGUUCAACCAUCAUUUCUUUGGCGGUGAGGCAGCAAAGUUGGUUUGUCAGAAGUUCCUUCAGGAGGAAGAUGGUAAUGGUGCUCUCCUAGUGACUGACCCUCCAUUCGGUGGGCUGGUAGAACCUUUGGCUUUUAGCUUUAAAAGGUUAAGAGAGAUGUGGAAAGAUUCUAAUCCAGAAAACGCAAACAAUUUACCCAUAUUUUGGAUGUUUCCGUACUUUUUUGAAUCGCGUAUCCUUCAGUGUUUCCCAGACUUCGCUAUGCUGGAUUAUCAGGUGGAUUACGAUAACCAUGCCCUGUACAAGCACGGGAAAACUGGAAGGAAACAGUCGCCUGUUCGUAUUUUUACGGAUCUUCCCUUAGACAAAAUUGUCCUCCCAGCAAGUGAAGGCUAUAGGUUCUGCUCAGUGUGUGAGAGAUUUGUGUGUUCAGAGAACAAGCACUGUGACAUCUGCAAUCGCUGCACCUCUAAGGACGGCAGAUCGUGGAAGCACUGUUCCCAAUGCAAGAAGUGUGUGAAGCCAUCUUGGAGUCACUGCAGCGCCUGUAAUCACUGUGCUCUGCCCGGGCACCCGUGUGGCACUGCUGGGGACGGCUGCUUUCUGUGCGGAGGGAAGGGUCACAAACGCAGGGGCUGCCCCCACCUCUCUGUCUCUGCAGAUGGCGAAAGGAUGAAAAGAAAUCUCAAGCAAAGGAGCAUUAAAGGAAAUAUGAAAAAACAACCAACUGCAACAACCAGUAAGAAGAAAAAGAGAAAGAGGAAUAAUCCCUGCUAACUGCUCUGCCUGUAUUUAACAUGAGUGUCAUUUCCAGACAAACUGCCAGCCAGACAUGAAUCCCAUCAUGCUCAGCUAAAUUCACUAAUUAGGAUUAGGUGUCCAUCCAAAUAUUCUUUCUGACAACACAAUCUUUGGCUGCCCAACGAAAUAUCUGUGGAGCCAGGAGGGUGGCCGAUUGAUGAAAGCGGCUUAGGCCCAGGCUUAUACAGUAAGUGUUCCAGGGGUGCCAUGUAAAGGUUUCUGCAGGACAAUAUAACAUUGCUUUCGUAUGCUAAAUAAUUUAUUUGGAACAUUUGUGUACCGAUGUGUCAAUAAACUUAUUUUACUACAUUUUA